AUGGAUCUCUUUCAAGACCCGAGGCCAUCCCAUUCACACACUCUCUCUGAAGACCCGAUGGCUUCCACCCCGGGGCGCAAGCGCGUUGUCUGGAGGGAAGACACUACCGAUGACCGCCCUUUUUCCUUGUCAGCGGUGACACAUGAAGAGAACAACACCGGCUCAGGUGGUCGUAACACUCUGCAAAGGUCCGAUCUCUCUCAAGAUGACUUGAGGAAGAUGCGAGAGUCUAUUCAGAUUGCUCUUUCAGAAGAGUACCCGCAGGAAGCAGGAGCUACACCCCCCGCUCGCGACGUUCAGAGGCCACGCCCUGCCAUCCGGAAAGCUUCUCGCACACCUCCAGAAUUCUAUCUUAACGACGAGCCAAAUCCCUUCGAGGAUGAGCUAGAGCGACAAAACUCACGAUCCAAGGCCAAGGAGCGGUCUGGUCUUGAGGCUCAUCGACGAGCGGCAAAGCUAUCCCAGUCCAUGGGUACAUCCGCCCCUGUCUCUCGUCGUGGCUCUGAGGGCCAGAUGAGCCCACCCUUGCUGGAAUUCCAAAGCGCAGUCAGCUCUUACGAGCAUACUGCUGAGAACAGCGAAGAAGAUGACGACCACGAUCCUCAAUUCAUGAAGCGGGCUUCAAUGCUCAUGCGCAACCAUACGAUCCGCAACAGUGGUGCUGGUCCUGGGAUCAGUAUGGAAGAUCUGUACCAUUCGGAACCUCCCCUCCAAUCCGGACAAGUCACUCCCAUCAAUACUAUCGAGGUGGGAGAUGAGCACGUUGCACGACCUCGGAGGUAUCGAACUGGUGUGUUGGGUACGCUGCUUCAAGCCUCGACUGCUGCUUCUCAGGCUCCUGCCACCGCGGGUCGAUCUGCACGACCGUCUCAUGCGAGAAAACUCAGCGCCGGUCACACCUUCAGCGGCGCCUCAACUGCCGCCAACUCUCCGAACUCAUCGCCUCCUCGAUCAGGGACCACAACACCUCGCAGCAAACCUUGGUUCAACCGUAGCCACAACCAGUCAACCAACUCCAUCUCUACCCUCGUUGGUAGCUCCGCUCGUAGCUUUGCUGCCCCUUCCCAGCAAGACUUGGGCAAUGAAUUCCACGAGCAGGUUAAGAGGACCCGCCCUGGCGUGGGUAAGCGCUCGAAGUCAGACGAAUCUAUCAAGAAGCCCAAGCGGCAACGCGACCGCGAUUUGAAGAUCAAGAUUCACAUUGCUGGUACACUGGCUCGACAAAGUUACCUUCGCAAGCUUUGCAAGGCUCUGAUGAUGUAUGGUGCACCGACACAUCGUCUGGAAGAGUAUCUCAACAUGUCCGCGCGUGUUCUUGAGAUCGAGGCUCAGUUCCUGUACAUGCCCGGCUGCAUGAUCUGUGCCUUCGACGAUACGUCAAUCCACACUUCGGAAGUCAAGCUUGUAAGGACUGCGCAAGGUGUUGACCUCGGAAAGCUGCGCGAUGUUCACGAGAUCUACAAGGAUGUCGUCCACGAUCGGGUUGGUGUCGACGAAGCAACUCCUCGUCUGGAAGCCAUCAUGGGACGCAAGAACAAAUUCGGUCGCUGGCCAAGAGUACCUGUGUACGGUCUUGCUUCUGCAACUGUUGCUCCGUUCGCCUUCAACGCUCGACCGAUCGAUCUUCCCUUCUGCUUCCUCUUGGGUUGCAUCAUUGGCUGGCUGCAGUUGAUUGUCGCACCCGGCAAUGAGCUGAUCAGCAACGUUUUCGAGAUUGGCGCUGCCGUCAUCACGAGCUUCCUCGCCCGUGCUCUCGGCUCCAUCCGUGGUAGCGAUGGCAGGGAGAUCUUCUGCUUCAGUGCCAUGGCCCAAUCCAGCAUCGCCCUCAUCCUUCCUGGUUUCAUGGUCCUCUGCGCCUCCCUCGAACUCCAAAGCAAGCAUAUUGUCGCCGGUUCGGUGCGCAUGGUCUACGCCAUCAUUUACUCUCUCUUCCUUGGUUUCGGUAUCACCAUCGGCACAGUCCUUUACGGCAUGAUGGACAAGAACGCCACAUCAAAUACGACAUGCAACGAGCCCAUGUCUUCGCACUUCUACUACCUCUUCGUCCUGGCCUUUUCGAUAUGCCUCAUGAUCGUCAACCAGGCGAAGUACAAGCAGAUGCCGUCCAUGGCCAUCAUCGCGCUCAUCGGCUACGUCGUCAAUUUCCACAGCUCGCAGUACUUCAAGGCCAAUGCGCAGGUUUCCAACACUCUCGGCGCGUUGGCGAUCGGUAUCGCUGCCAACGUGCAUGCUCGUUUCGGUCGUCACGUCGAGAACUGGAGCCUGGAUACCUGGGAGAACAAGAUGCGCCCCCACGUCAUGGCUCUGCGCAAGAAGUAUCUUCGUGGGCGCCACGGCGCUGUCAAGGGCUUGGCACUCCCCAAGGUCGAACGCUCAGAGUACAGCGCCGCACAGAACGACAGCGCAACACACUCGCGCGCUAGUUCUGUCAGCGAUUUCGUCCCUCAUACUCGUAAGAUUGGCUACGGUCUUGCUGCCGCCGCUAUGUUGCCUGCUAUCUUUGUGCAGGUGCCUUCCGGCCUGAGUGUACAGGGCUCACUUGUCUCUGGUCUCAGCUCUGCAGAUCAAAUUACACGCAACACAACAAGCGCAGCAACAGUCAGCGCUGCAGAUGUCACAUCUACUAGCACACUCAACAGCAUCGCCUUGAACGUUGGUUUUUCCGUCGUGCAAAUUGCUAUUGGCAUCACUGUUGGUCUCUUUCUGGCUGCGCUCAUUGUAUACCCUCUUGGCAAGCGCAGAUCCGGGCUGUUCAGUUUCUAG